GUAGUUUAACCACAGGCUGCAUUUCGAUGUCGCUUUAAUUUCCUAGAGAAGUGACAGUUGAAACCUUUUACACUUGUCGAAGGCGCCAUGGCUGCUUCUCAGCCGUAUUUGAUCGGUGACUGUCUCAUUCAGAUUUUCACAUUUCUUUCUGAGGAGGACUUAAUCAGUGCGUCAAGUGUGUGUAAGGAUUGGCAUGAAGCUGCGGAUACCCAGUGGCUGUGGAGGAGGCUGUGUCUGCAGAGGUGGAGCUUCUGUAACCUGGCCGUGCUGGGCAGUGGACAGGAGGAUGUCUCGUGGAAGAGGUACUACCUGCGGAGAUCCCACCUGGAGAUGAAAAUGACUAAAGGUUCAACUGGAGGGUACACCUGCAAAAGCAUCAGGGGGCACACUGGGAAGGUGGUUGGCUUCGUGUACCUGCAGGGGAAUUUGAGCCAGAAUCCGGACCUCUGGAGCAGCAGUGCCACAGUCUGCAGUGCUUCAACAGAUGGGACAGUUCGAGCAUGGAAUAUCCAAAAUGGUAAGUGCUUGUGGUCCAGUCCGGUGCAGAGCCCUUUGGCGGGGAUUAUCUGCGACGAGCAGCGUGAAGUUGUGAUCACAGCGGACUCUACCGGCCUCAUUAAGACUUGGCAGGGCCAGACCGGUCAGGAGGUGGCCUCCUUUCCCACUGCUUCUCCACACUGCAUGUUAUUGCAGUACAAUAUAAACAACGACUGGUUUCUAACUGUUGGAACCAACAUGGGGUCAGUGUGCACACUAGCUGAUUCUAGUUUGAGCAAAAAAUCGAGCGUCGUGGUGUGCGACUCCUUCGGAGUCAACAUCCUCCUGGUUUCUCCUGACAAGAAGUGGAUUGUUGCUGGAACCAAGGACAGCAGGGAUUUAAGUCCAAAGGUGAUUUACACCGAGAGCCUGACCUCUCCGUCCGAGGACGAAGACCCUCUGUGCCAGUCUCUGCCGGUCAGUGGGGGCCAGGCUGCUGUCUUCAUACCCAGCCAGGCUGCCAGGCUGGCCAUCGUCCACCACAGCCAGCCACGAGGAAACAAUGCCCUCACUGUCUUUGAUGUCAGCAUUAAAAAGACAAAGUACAAGUCGGAGAUCCAGGUCCAGCAGGUGGAGUCCUUCCCUGUGAGUCUGAACAUGAGGCACACACAGAUCCUCCUCGAGGCCAGAGACAGCAACUGCAUCAUGUUGGCAGCAGGUCAUCAGCUGUGUGUCUACUCUCUGAAAGGAGCCCUGCUUGCAAGUUUUACCGACCACGACUUGCCCAUCACUUCCAUAUGUGUGGACAGUUUCCGUGCUGUAACAGCCUCUCAGGACCUCUCUUUACGAGUGUUGACGUGGAGACGUGCCGCUGAUGGAGGGUUGAAGCUGGAGAGCCAAUACCACCUGCUGGGAGGCUCUCACACCAUGUCCAGAGGGUUCACUCGCGUUGCCUGUGACUACUCCAGCAUCGUGGCUUCAGCGGAGGGAUUAGAUGGUAAAGAUGUCUUAAAGGCCUAUUCUUUCACCUGCUGAGCAUCGCAGCCCCAGUCAAGAACUGACUUUACCAUACCCGGUAGAUUCAUUCUAGGUGUUCCGUGGGGAGGACUAUAUUCACAAUAAAGGGAACGGUACAGAAAUUGUAGGAAAGGCUUUGAGUGAUCAACACACAAAGUCUGUGAGCGUAGCUACAAUUUUGGAGUGUAUUUAUGCAAGUAAUGGGUAUGGCGUGGCUUAAGGCGUCAUGAAAUGCAGACAUUAUUUCUCUGUUCUUCACUGCUUUACAUAUGUUGUAAUUUUCCAAUAAACUAUGAAUGAAUAAAUAAACAC